CUUCUCACACCGUGUUCAUAGCAUAGAUUUGCCUUAGUCUGCCAUCUGCGCUGCGUUACACGGCUCACAGUUCACACGAUUUGGUUAAAUGUUUUAGGUUACAUUCAUCGAGUGCGGAAUUGCAUGCGUCACGUUACUAAUAUUUUUUGAUAAUAUUUCAAAACUAAAACUAAUUACAAUGAAUAUGGCGGAUGGAGCAUUUAGUCGAAGUGAAAUUGUGGGGCUCGUAGUGAGAUUAUCGGUCGUUACGGCUAUUACCUACAUCAGCAUCAGAUGUUUGAUGAACCAACUCGAUCCAACAACCAAAUCAAAGAAGAAGGCGAAAAAGAAGGCUCAGGAACAUCUACGUAGAUUGGGAAUGACAGAAAAUGUUUCUUUAGCUAUCGAUCAGCUAACAGAUUAUGAGAUGAUGAUUGCUAGUCACCUGGUGGAUCCCAACGAUAUUACGAUAUCCUGGGAAGAUAUAGCAGGACUAGAAAAUGUGAUCCAGGAACUCAGAGAAACUGUUAUACUGCCAAUACAGCGAAAAGACCUUUUUGCUGAUUCACAACUGACCCAAGCACCGAAGGGUGUGUUGCUACAUGGUCCACCUGGGUGUGGAAAAACUCUGAUUGCAAAGGCAACUGCUAAAGAAGCUGGAACACGAUUCAUAAAUUUAGAUGUGAGCAUUUUGACUGACAAGUGGUAUGGAGAAAGUCAAAAGUUGGCUUCUGCUGUUUUUACAUUGGCUGUAAAACUUCAGCCAUGCAUCAUCUUCAUUGAUGAAAUUGAUUCAUUCCUUCGAAUGCGCAACACACAUGAUCACGAAGCUACAGCAAUGAUGAAAGCACAGUUUAUGUCACUAUGGGAUGGACUUAUCACAGACCCAACAUGUACCGUGAUUAUUAUGGGAGCUACAAAUAGACCACAAGAUCUCGACAAGGCUAUUCUGAGGCGUAUGCCUGCGACGUUUCACAUUAGCAUGCCUAAUGUUGCACAACGGGCCCAAGUCCUAAAAUUGAUUCUUGAGAAGGAACCAAUGGCGGAAGAGGUUGAUAUAGCCAGUUUGAGCAUAAUGACCGAUGGCUUUUCUGGUUCAGACUUACGAGAGCUCUGCCGAAACGCAUCUGUCUAUCGUGUCAGAGACUUCGUUCGUCAUCAUGCACCCGCAGCCAAUGCAUCUGCUGGUACGAGUACGGAUGAUGAAGAAUAUCAUGACGCUCUGCGCCCCAUUACAAUGGAAGAUCUUGUGAUUUCCGUGCAUAAAAUGAGGGACUCCAAAGUGCAUACGGGGACUCUUAAUGCUGUUAAACUUGAUUUAGAUUAGGAUGAAUCGUUUUUUCUUCUUAAAUUCAACUACUCAAGUGUCUAGUAUACUCUGAUUCACCCAGUACUUCUUUUCCAUUUGUUUCCCUGAAUACAUCAUGGAUUAGGACUCUACACUUUAUAUUUCCUGUUCCAGGUGACAGCUUAGCGUAUAUGUAGAAUAGGUUUGUAUAGUAAAUAUCAAAGGGAUAUUCCUGUAAACAUUGUGAUAUACGAAAGCUUUUUAGUUGUUGCAUUUUCAACUUUCAAAUACGUGAAAAUUAGGAUUACCACAGAGCAACUGUUUAUGUUUGAUUUUUGAAACAGAUAGUAUUUUCUGUUUUCAAUUUUAAGUUCGUUUCUUCGGUGUAAACAUUGACAAAUAGAAAAGUUAUACAAACACAAAUUUUUUACUCAGAUUGUGAUUCUUCUAGCUGCCAUUAUGGGGUCAUAAACCUUUAUUGUUAUGCGAGGCACACCUCUUGAUUAUCAGGAUGUGCUAAAUUUUAGCGCAGCUUUAUGACAAAAGAUGAAUAUGAUGGAUUGAGACAUGGCGGAAAAGUAAAAAAUGAAUAAUGAACAAAUUGUUGUACAGUGAGUUUGAUGAAAGUGUGGGAACGAAUGUAUCCGAAAAACUACACGGUUGAAUUCCUUUCAAGAUCAUCGUUAUCAAUAGUUUACACUAAAAAUAUUGAGCUGAAUGUCGACUCUGAAUCAAAGUGGUUCUCUGAUUCUUAGAUUUUAUUUUUUCACGUAUUUUUGUUUGAUCUAUUUGUAAUAUGCGGUAUAUUCGGAUAGCCGCGCGGAAUAGUCAAACCCGAGGUUUUACUCGUGAAAUCCCGUAUCAAAAACCUCGACGGAUAUUCAACAUAUUGCGAUAUUAUGUUUUCAAACUGAGGACAAUUCAAAAAUAUCUUGUUUGCUUGAGAAAUCUAUUGGUAAAUGAUUGAAUAUUUAAAUUCGGAAUAUUGAAAUCCACAAUAAUAUAGGAAUAUCCUUCUGAAUCUUCCUUAUUUCAUGUUUUACAGAAGUAUUCAAGCAUUCUUUUAAUGACUGUUUGGAGGUAUUUUUAAGUCAUUUUCGUUACACAUACAUACCGCAAGAAUUUUUUGAGUUUACCCAAUUGUGCCACUAAUGGUGACUCCACAAGUUUUGUUAACAGCUGUGAGUGUUAAAGCACCUUCUUCGGAGAUUCCCUCUGCAUAUGUAUAAUUGUUAGCAGGAACCUAACAAGAAAAAUCGGCACAUUUUUUGAAUUUUAGUUAUUACUUGUAAAUUGCAGAUCUGACAGUGAAAAACACUGAUUCCCAUCUGAGAAUACGUAUAAACGAAUGAAGGGCAAUUUGUUUUUAAUAAAGAAUAGUAUCCCUAGAGAAAAAAAUUA